GCAGAUGUUGGGUCAGUGGAAGGGUUGGCGUAUCAUCGGGCCUGGGACACUUUAUACUGGACCAGUUACACCACGUCCACCAUCACCCGUCACAGUGUGGACCAGAGCCGCUGGGGGGCUUUUGACCGGGACAUUGUAGUUACCAUGUCAGGAGAUGACCACCCACGGGCUUUCGUCCUGGAUGAAUGUCAGAGCUUGAUGUUUUGGACCAACUGGAAUGAGCAUUCGCCUAGUAUCAUGCGCGCUCAGCUGUCUGGAGCCAAUGUCCUGGUGAUCAUUGGCAGGGACAUCCGCACUCCCAAUGGACUCGCCAUCGACCAUCGUGCCGAGAAGCUCUAUUUCUCGGAUGCUACGCUUGAUAAGAUUGAGCGCUGCGAGUAUGAUGGCUCCCACCGUUAUGUGGUCCUGAAGAAUGAGCCAGUGCAUCCUUUCGGUUUGACCGUGUACGGUGACCACAUCUUCUGGACAGACUGGGUGCGCAGAGCCGUCCUCAGAGCCGACAAGUAUGUUGGAGGAGACAUGAAGGUGUUAAGAGCUGAUAUCCCACAACAGCCAAUGGGGAUCGUCGCUGUGGCCAACGAUACGAAUAGCUGUGAGUUCUCGCCCUGUCGUGUGAAUAAUGGAGGCUGUCAGGAUCUGUGUCUGCUCACAUCAGAUGGACGGGUCAACUGUAGCUGCCGUGGAGAGAGGAAACUGCUGGAGGAUAACACCUGCAUAGCUCAGAACACGUCAUGCAGCAGUAUGGAUGACUUUGAGUGCGGGAAUGGAGACUGCAUCAAAUACACGCUCACCUGUGACGGCAUGGCCCACUGCAAAGACAAGUCAGAUGAGAAACAGUCCUACUGCACUAACCGUGUGUGUAAGAAGGGCUAUAAGCGCUGUGUGAACGGACGCUGUGUCGGCCACAGCUCCUGGUGUAAUGGCCGAGAUGAUUGCGGGGAUAACUCUGAUGAACUCUUCUGUAAUGCAACCCUGUGCACAGCGGAUCAGUUUCAGUGCAGAGACGGAUCAUGUGUGUCAAACUCCAGUCGCUGUAACCAGGUGCUGGACUGUGAGGACGCCAGUGAUGAAAUGAACUGCUUGGUCUCUGAUUGUUCCAGUUAUUUCCGUCUGGGUGUGAAAGGCUUCACCUAUCAGCGGUGUGAGUUCACUACGCUGUGUUAUGCUCCAUCAUGGGUCUGUGAUGGCGCAAAUGACUGUGGAGACUAUUCAGAUGAGAGAAACUGCCCAGAUAAGAAAAAGAGAAAGUGCCCGUCAAACUUCUUUGCUUGUCCCAACGGUCGCUGUAUCCCUAUGAGCUGGACCUGUGAUAAGGAGAACGACUGUGAGAGCGGAGAUGACGAGGCGCACUGUGAUAAGUUCUGCUCAGCGACGCAGUUUGAGUGCGGGAAUCAUCGCUGUAUUUCCAGCAGCUGGGUGUGUGACGGGGCGGACGACUGUGGAGAUGGAACAGAUGAGGACAGCAGAUGCAAGAAUAAAACGUGCAGUGCAGACGCGUUCCACUGUCCGGAUUCACACAAGUGUGUCCCGCAGCGCUGGGUGUGUGACGGAGACAGAGACUGUCCGGAUGGAGCUGACGAGAGCUUGAAGGCCGGCUGUGUGUUCAAUAACACGUGUAAGGCGGGAGAGUUCAUGUGCCAGAACAGACAGUGUAUCCCCAAACACUUUGUGUGUGACCACGACAACGACUGCGGCGACGGCUCUGAUGAGUCUCUGGAGUGCGAGUAUCCUGCAUGUAAGGCCAAUGAGUUCCGCUGUGAUAACGGCCGCUGUCUGAUCCAGAAAUCCUGGCAGUGUGACGGAGAGUUUGACUGUCACGAUCACUCAGACGAAGCUCCCAAAAAUCCUCACUGCAACGGUCCUGCAGAAAAGAAAUGUAAUGACACGGCGUAUGCAUGUGGGAACGGUAAAUGCAUCAGUGAGACGUUACUGUGCAAUCACAAUGAUGACUGUGGCGAUGGGACGGAUGAGCUGAACUGCUUCAUUAAUGAAUGUCUGAACAGUAAACUGAGUGGCUGCUCUCAGCUGUGUGAUGACCUGAAGAUCGGAUUCAAGUGCAGAUGCCGCCCUGGCUUUAGACUGAAGGAUGAUGGGAAGACCUGUGUAGAUGUGGAUGAGUGCUCCACGACGUAUCCCUGCACACAGCACUGCAUCAACACUCACGGCAGCUUCCGCUGUGUGUGUGUGGACGGCUUCCAGCUCAGCCCCUCCGACCCCACUGUCUGCAAGUCCACCUCCGACGAGGAGCCGUUCCUCAUCUUCGCUAACCGGUAUUACUUGAGAAAGCUCAACUUGGACGGCUCAAACUACACACUUUUAAAGCAGGGUCUGAACAACGCUGUUGCGUUGGACUUCGACUACAGGCAGCAGAUGAUCUAUUGGACAGAUGUGACGACUCAAGGCAGUAUGAUACGACGCAUGCACAUCAACGGCAGCGACGUUCAGGUUCUCCAUCGCACGUCUCUCAGCAACCCUGAUGGUCUGGCUGUCGAUUGGGUCGGGGGUAACCUGUAUUGGUGUGAUAAGGGGCGGGACACUAUUGAGGUGUCGAAGCUGAACGGAGCAUACAGGACAAUGCUGGUCAACACGGGACUGAGGGAACCCAGAGCCAUAGCUGUGGACGCCCGCAAUGGGUACCUGUACUGGUCUGACUGGGGUGAUAAUCCACAUAUCGGCCGCAUUGGGAUGGAUGGCACCAGCAGAAUUGUGAUCAUACAGGAAAAGUUAACCUGGCCCAACGGUCUCACUCUGGACUUCAUCAAUGAUCGCAUCUACUGGGCAGACGCCAGAGAGGACUACAUUGAGUUUGCCAGCUUAGACGGAUCCAACAGACAUACAGUUUUGACUCAGGACAUCCCACACAUAUUCGCCAUGACUCUGUUUGAGGAGUACAUCUACUGGACAGACUGGGAGACCAAGUCCAUCAACAGAGCUCAUAAAACACUGGGCACCAACAAGACCUUGCUGAUCAGCACCUUACACAGGCCCAUGGACAUCCACAUCUACCACCCCUACAGACAGCCAGGGGUCACAAAUCACCCGUGUCAGACAGACAAUGGCGGCUGCAGUAACUUGUGUCUGCUCUCUCCGGGUGGAGGUUAUAAAUGUGCCUGUCCCACUAACUUCUACCUGGCCGCUGAUGGGAAACAGUGCAUGUCCAACUGCACCGCCAGCCAGUUUGUCUGCAAGAAUGACAAGUGUAUCCCGUUCUGGUGGAAGUGUGACACUGAGGACGACUGUGGCGACCGAUCCGACGAGCCUGCUGACUGCCCUGAGUUUAAAUGCAGACCAGGUCAGUUCCAGUGUGAUACUGGGAUCUGUACAAACCCAGCGUACAUCUGUGACGGAGACAACGACUGCCAGGAUAACUCUGAUGAGGCCAGCUGCGAUAUCCAUGUGUGUUUGCCCAGUCAGUUUAAAUGCACCAAUCCCAGUCGCUGUAUUCCCGGAAUAUUCCGCUGUAACGGCCAAGACAACUGCGGAGAAGGAGAGGAUGAAAAAGACUGCCCGGAGGUGACGUGUGCGCCUAACCAGUUCCAGUGCACUAUAACCAAACGGUGUAUCCCGCGCGUGUGGGUGUGUGACCGUGAUAAUGACUGCGUCGAUGGAUCCGACGAACCCGCCAACUGCACUCAGAUGACGUGUGGUGUGGAUGAGUUCCGCUGUAAAGACUCGGGCCGCUGUAUCCCAGCUCGCUGGAAAUGUGACGGAGAGGAUGACUGUGGCGACUCUUCGGAUGAACCCAAAGAGGAGUGCGAUGAGAGGACGUGUGAGCCAUAUCAGUUCCGCUGUAAAAACAACCGCUGUGUUCCCGGCCGCUGGCAGUGUGACUAUGACAAUGACUGCGGGGAUAACUCGGACGAGGACAAGUGUGUGCCCAGGCAGUGCUCUGAGAGUGAGUUUGCCUGCACCAGCGGCCGCUGUAUUGCUGGCAGAUGGAAGUGUGAUGGAGAUCAUGACUGCGCUGACGGAUCUGACGAGCAUGGCUGUGACGUGAAGUGUGAUAACGACCAGUUUCAGUGUAAGAAUGGUCACUGCAUCCCGUUCCGCUGGAGGUGUGACGCUGAUGCCGACUGCAUGGAUGGCAGUGACGAGGAGAACUGCGCCAUCGGAGUGGGUCGAUUCUGCCCUCUGGAUGAGUUUCAGUGUAAUAACACUCUGUGUAAGCCGCUGGGCUGGAUGUGUGACGGCGAGGACGACUGUGGAGACAAUUCAGAUGAGAACCCAGACGUGUGCAAGAGAUUCCAGUGUCCUCCCAGCAGACAGUUCCGCUGCCAUAAUGACCGAGUGUGUCUGCCAGUGUCUAAACAAUGUGACGGCGUUGACAACUGCGGAGACAACAGUGAUGAACUCAACUGCCAAACUCCUGCGCCUGCACUCUGUGGGAAGGGUGAGUUUACAUGCAGCACUGGAAAGUGUAUAAGCAUUAACCUCCGCUGCAAUUUCUUCAAUGACUGUGAGGACUACGGCUCUGAUGAGAUCAGCUGCAACAAGAAAGAUUCGGGUCUAAAUGAAUGCCGUAACAACCGCAGUAUGUGUGGAGAUGAAGGUCACUGUGUGGUGAACAGAACCGACUCGUUCUGCUCCUGCAAACCCGGCUUCCAGAAAACACACCUGCAAACCUGCACAGAUGCGAACGAGUGCAAGCAGUUCGGGAUCUGUUCUCACAUCUGCAACAACACUAAAGGCUCUCACAAAUGCAGCUGCUCCAAGAACUUCAUCAAAGUGAACGACACCUGCAAGGCUGACAGCAGUGAUAAACAGGCUCUAUAUGUGGCAGAUGAUAAUGAAAUUCGCAGUUUAUAUCCUGGAAUGCAAAACUGGAUAUAUGAGCAGGCCUUCCAAGGAGAUGCCAACGUACGGAUUGAUGCCAUGGACCUGCACAUCAAAUCCAAACGGAUCUUCUGGACUAACUGGCACACUGGCAGAAUCUCCUCUUUCGAGCAGCCUUCUACUGGACCCGCCUCGCCGAACUCAAACCGCAACCGAAGACAAACCGAUUCCAGAGUUACUGAUCUAGAGAUCCCUGGUCUGAAGAUGCCUCGUGGGAUUGCUGUGGACUGGGUGGCCAACAACAUCUACUGGACGGACUCGGGUCGUGAUGUCAUCGAGGUGGCACAGAUGAACGGGCGCAAUCGCAAGACCCUCAUCUCGGGCAUGAUUGACGAGCCCUACGCCAUCGUGGUGGACCCACCGCGAGGCACCAUGUACUGGGCCGACUGGGGAAACCACCCUAAGAUCGAGACGGCCGCUAUGGACGGCACCAUGAGGGAGACGCUGGUGCAUGAAAACAUCCAGUGGCCCACAGGUCUAGCUGUGGAUUACUUCAAUGAGCGUCUGUACUGGGCUGAUGCCAAACUCUCUGUUAUCGGGAGCGUCAGACUGAACGGAACAGAUCCAGUCAUAGCUGUCUCCAGCGUUAAAAACAGUUUGCACCACCCUUUCAGUAUCGACAUCUUUGAGGAUUUCAUAUACGGUGUGACCUAUCACAACAACUUUAUCUUCCGCGUCAACAAGUUUGGCAAGAGUUCAGUGGAGCAUCUGACCACAGGAAUUAACCAUGCCACAGAUUUGGUCCUGUUCCACCCUUACAAACAACCAGAGAUGGCCAACCCAUGUGACAGGAAGAAGUGUGAGUGGUUGUGUCUGCUCAGUCCCAGCGGCCCAGUCUGCAUGUGUCCAAACGGCAGAAUACUGGACAACGGCACCUGUGUGGAGGUUCCCACCCCAACACUGUCCCCUGUCUCUCCGAGUGGCACCUGUAACCUGCUUUGUCUGAAUGGUGGAACUUGUGUCCUGAAUGCCAGAAAACAACCCAAGUGUCGCUGUCAGCCAAACUAUGGAGGAGAGAGAUGUGAGCUAAACCAGUGCAAAGAGUACUGCCAGAACGGAGGAACAUGUACCGCAUCACCCACAGGAGCUCCGACUUGCCGUUGUCUGGCAGGCUUCACAGGACCCAACUGUAACCAGCGCACAUGUGAGAACUACUGUAAGAAUGGAGGAAACUGCACAGUUAAUCGUGGAAACCAGCCCACCUGCAGCUGCCCUGCAGACUUCCUGGGAGACCAGUGUCAAUACCGGUCAUGUGAUGGAUUCUGUGACCAUGGAGGGACAUGUAUGCAGUCCAGAGAUGGGUCGAGACAAUGUCGCUGCCCUCCACGCUUCAUCGGCAAUAACUGUGAAGUGGACAAGUGUCACUAUUGCCGUGAUGGCAAGUGUAUUCCCACCAACAUCUACCAGCCACAUGGAGACGUUACAUGCAGGUGUACCAGUGGCAGAAUUCAGCCAAGCUGUUAUACAUGUGAAGGGUACUGUGCUAAUGGGCAGUGCUCUCUUAGUGCCUCAAACCUCCCACAGUGCAAAUGUCCUCUUGGAUGGGAGGGUCAUCGUUGUGAGAAUCCUGCUCCCAUUGAAAAUGCUGAAUCCAGUGGCCGAACCGCUUCAAUAGUUAUUCCAUUGGUUUUACUGAUACUGCUGGUGUUGCUGAUUGGAGGAGCAGUAUUGUGGUACAGAAAAAGAAAGAGAGGAGCCAAAGGCUUUCAGCAUCAGAGAAUGACAAAUGGCGCUAUGAAUGUUGAGAUUGGGAACCCAGCCUAUAAAAUUUAUGAAGGAGAGCAAGAUGACGACGUUGGAGAAUUGUUGGAUGCUGACUUCACACUGGAUCCUGACAAACCGACCAACUUCACGAAUCCUGUGUAUGCUACUCUGUACAUGGGCGCUCACAACAGCCGCAAUUCCCUGGCCAGUACAGAUGAGAAGAAGGAGCUGCUAUCACGGGGCGACGAGGAGCCCCUGGUGGACCCCCUGGCUUAGACUGUCCAUCAGUUUGGUCCAUACAUGGAAAAUACCAUUUGCCUUUUUGAGGAAAAGAAGAAGAAAACAAACAGAAAGAAAAUCAAUGAUUAAGUGUUAACACUGUAUAAAAUGUACAAAAUGAAGGACUACUUUUGUAUGUGAUUGCAGUAUUAUAUUUUGUUCUUUUACAAUUCCUC